AUGGCAAGGGUUGCGAGGACGGUUCUGGAGACAGUACGCUUCACCUUGGCUCUGCAGAACCCUGACGCAUUGGAUACCAUGAAGAAUGCUGCAGAUAGUAUUCUUGAGGCUGACACUGUCCGGAGGAUCGACUGGAAGCCUGAUUUUUCAUCCCAUGUUCUGUUGGCGGCGUGUCGUAUUCAUGAGACAGCGACUGAGCUUCGUAGACAGGAUGGGACGUACUAUGGUCUUUUUACCGAUGCGUCGCUCCGUACUCUGAUGUCCGAUCAGUUGGAAGAUGAAUCGACAUUUUUAGAUCUCCGGGACGCCUUGCCCCUAUAUCCAGGUCAACAUCCCGUCAUGGUUGGAGAUGACAAAAACAGUCUUGUUUGGUUUGGAACCCUCAUUGCAGAUUCCUCAGGCCCCGACCUUCGUCGUCUGGCCGAUGUCAAGCUGCAGUAA